AUGAUGGAGCUAAUACUACAACAGUUGAUGACUGAACCAUUUAUAGAGGAUUACUCACUUUAUGCUGAUUAUGAUGCUGAGUUUAAUGUUCAAACUUCAUUUGAACAACAGCCAGAAGUGGAUUAUCUAGAGGGUAUGGUGAGUGAUGAUAGUGGAGAGGCUUUCUAUUCUAAGAGUGGCCAUCAUUCUGAGGAUAGUGGAGAUGAUUCUGAUGACAGCAAAUACAAUAUGGAUGAGUCUAACAUACAAUUUGAUGUAGAUGUAAACAUGAGGGAAUUCCAUAAUGCUGUUGAUGUAGAUGAACAUGGAAUCUUGAACAAUCAUUCAAAAGAUGAAGGGAAUGACAUGGUUGAUGAUGAGUUGGAAGUUAUUGCCACUGAUGAUUAUCAAUUUGCGGGAUUUCAUGAAGAUGAUAAGAAGAGACUGCUAAAAGAGUUGAGUAAGUCAAGUACAUGCUCACAUGGAGAGGUUCAUGUAAAACCAUUUUUGGCCAGGUCUUCAAAACCAAGCGUGAUGUUAAAAAUUACAUGA